AUGACCCUUCCCGAGUUCUACCCCGCCACUAACGUCACUGUAGCCGAGCUCUCCAGCCGCCUACGUAGAGAUGAGGACGGCGAGACUGAGGUCAUCAGAGGGCGUCUGGAGCGAUGUAGGCAGAACCAUAAAGUGAAGACGGCUCAUCUCUGUGGGUUACGACUGAACGAGAGGACUUUCCCUAAAGGGGUCCUCAGCCUGACGCAUCUCAGAAGGCUAGAUUUGAGUUACAACAACCUCCUGCGGUUGGAUGAAGAACUGGUGCGGUUGGAUGCCUUACGAGAGUUGUGGCUGGAUGGGAAUCCUCUAGAGGAGCUACCCGUGUCACUACAUCGAUUGAAGCACCUUGAGCUCUUGUCGUUGCGAGAGCUGCCGAGGUUGAAGAACCUCCCUCGGGAGUAUGCGGAGCUCAGACCUACACUAGUGGAUGUUGGAGGGCUUCAAGAUUGUCCGAUGAUGAACCGAAAGCUGAUUGAGGCCCUUAGGGUUGGGGGUAUGGAUGGAUUCUUUACAGUGUUGGAGAUCAAGCAUACUCGAAGACAACAACGAUGCGAGCUUACGAGGAUUCUCACUGAGUUCCUCUACCCCUUUGAAGAUCGUUCUACUAUUCUUGCCUGUGCUAAGAGGCUUACUCACAGGAUCAAGGUCGACAGCGUUACACCAGAAGCAGCGAGAGUUGCCAUGGCCCGUCUUAUCAAGCAUGGGGAGCGUAUACUUCCUGGUAAACUCGCUGAUGUGGAUGAGGAUGUAGUGUUGGAGAAGCUCAAGGAGUUCGAUGAGGAAUUGCGGACGAGGGAAGAGGUUGCAACACUGGAACUUCGAAUGAAAGCAGCGAUGGUGGAUCUACCAAUGGAAGUGGUACAUGGUCUCGCCCUCAAGUUCAAGUCGACUGUGCCAGCUGCGAGAAUAGGAUGCAUUUUAAGGAACUGGAAGGAGCUCUUCCCGACGUCAAGAAUGAGACGCUACACUGAAUUGCGUCAAAAAAGGGAGCUCAAGAAGAUCAGGGGGAUAUUCAUGGAUCGCUAUCCGGCCUCGUCGAAAGAGGUUAUCGAUCCCGUGAUCGAUUAUUUCAUAACGACUAUGAGUCCCGAGAAGAGGAAGCGUUUGUUGGUUGAGGAUGCAUUGAGAGGGGAGCUACCGAGUUGGCGUAUAGGCACUAUUGAGGAGUGUCUGAGACUGUUGAGGGAGGGCUUGCCAUUGAUAACAGAAGCAGAGGCUCCAUCUAGUGUCUCUCAUGAAGUGUCGUAA